CUUCCGCUGCGCGGUUCUGGCAGGACAGUGCGCAUGCGUCGUCAGGUUGGCCGUCUCCUAGCAACCAGCAGAGCGACUGUAGCAACCGAAACAUGGCUAAAGCAACAACUAUUAAAGAUGCGCUGUCCAAAUGGGAAGAAAAGACAGGGCAGAAAGCGGCAGAAGCCAAAGAAGUGAAGCUGUACGCACAGAUACCACCUAUUGAGAAGAUGGAUGCAUCUCUAUCUACACUAGUCAAUUGCGAGAAAUUAUCACUUUCCACCAAUUGCAUUGAAAAAAUAGCCAAUCUGAACGGACUGAAAAACCUCAGAAUAUUGUCUUUAGGAAGAAAUAACAUAAAGAAUUUAAAUGGAUUGGAGGCUGUCGGAGAAACUCUAGAAGAGCUGUGGAUCUCUUAUAAUUUAAUUGAGAAGUUGAAAGGGAUUCACGUGAUGAAGAAGUUAAAAGUUCUGUACAUUUCCAACAAUGCUGUGAAAGACUGGGCCGAGUUUGGGAAGCUGGCUGAUCUGCCAUGCUUGGAGGAUCUAGUGUUUGUUGGGAAUCCUCUGGAGGAAAAACACACAGUAGAUGGUAACUGGGUAGAAGAGGCAACAAAACGUCUUCCUAAGCUGAAGAAACUUGAUGGAAAUCCAGUCAUAAAGCAGGAAGAUGAGGAGGGGGAUGAAGCCUCUUAAUCUUUUUGAGUAUCAUGUUAAAUUAUUUUGAAUAUAUCUAGGAAAAAAAUAUUUUUUUUUAUAAAUGUUAUUUGUAUAUCUGAAAUGCUCUGAAAUGUCUUUCAUUAUUUUUUACCUAUCAUAUCCUAAUGUAUGAAAGUAUUGUUUGAACCAUCUACGGUAUAUGAGUUAAUAAGACUCUCCAAAAAGUUUAAUCUAUUUUAUUUGCACAAAAAGGAGGAUCAGAACCCUUCUGAAAUCAAGCACACAAAAAAUAUUUUAUUACUACAGGGUGUUGCGAUAUGUUACGACAGCUAUUAUCUCCAUUUGCCAUUCCUGUCAUACACAUAUGUUCUGGUAAAGAUGUUGUAUACUGAAAAAGCUAAACAGUGUAUAGGAAGUAAUAUUCGUAAACCUCUAUACACACUACAGAGGAUCCAUGUAGAAUCCAUCUUGCAGCGCACACCUAAUAAUUUUAGUGGGUAUUCUGCUGCUCAGUUCACAUGUCAGUAGUUAUGUAGCAGAACUUUGUUGAGGAAGAUUGAACAUAAUCCGUCUUCUAGUGGAAUCCGCCAGAGAAGUCCUGUUUAUCAAUGGGACAAUGCAAUUUGCCACAGACAUAAGCGCCAAUUAUGGGUCAAUUUUGAACAGGAUUAAUCCACUGAGGAAUUCUGAACACUCAUUUUUUUAAAUCCAUAUUUUCAGUAAAAAAAAGCUAAAAAUAUAAAUUUAAAUUACAUUAUAUAUAAAGCUUCAUUAAGGGUUUUACUGGUUGCUAUCAGAGUCUUUCAACAGUUCGUCUAUGGGCCACAUUAUUCUGCAGCACAUACUUAUACAGCACUUGUUGCAAAGGAGGAGUGUUUCCCAAACAGUGUGCCUCCAGCUGUUGCAAAACUAAUACUCCCAGCAUGCCCAGACUUCCAAUGCUGGGAGUUGUAGUCAGGCAACUGCUGGAGGCACACUGGUGUGAAGAAUAUAAACCCCACAAUGCAAAUCCCCAAUGCAAGUACUUUUGAGGAAAAUUGGCUGUAAGUAAGGUACCAUAAAAGUAGUACAAUAGCUCACAUUUAUUAUUGCAAAAUAGCUCACAUUUAUUAUUGCAAAAUAGCUCAAAUUUAUUAUUGUAAAUGUGCCAAAUAUUAUCACAUGUAUUAUCAAUUCAAGACACUUUUUCGGGUCCUUGAUAAAUGGGGGUGUUGCUUCUUUAAAAGGACGGUGGCCGAAAUGUGCCAAUAUCUCAGCCCAAAACUUUGGAUUGAAUUAAGCCAACGAAUAGUCUAAAUUGACCUCGAAUGACCUCCUGCAGGGGACCCUGCUCUGCCCUGGAACAGGACAUGUCGACCCCAGCACAAAGUGGCGGCCAACAUGCCCCCUCCAUGUAUCUCUAUAGGAGAGCCGGAGCCAGCGUUUGGCUAUCUCUGGCUCUCCCAUAGUUGUACAUGGAGGGGGUACAUGGCCACUGCUUUCUGCUGGGUUAGAUGACGUCUCGUUCCUGUGCAGGAGAUUGUGUGCGGUCCCAGUGGUCGGACUCCCGUGAUCUAAAAUGUGUCCCCUUUCCUUUGGAUAGGGGAUACGUUUUUGUGCACGAUAGUUCUCCUUUAUUCACAUGCUAGUUGGGCAGCCACAGUUGGCAUAGUGGCACAGAAUCACAUUGCGUAGAAAAUGUAACUUUUAUUGUAUUCCUUAAUGUGUAUUUCACUUUUGGCAGGUUGGAGACGAACCACCUUGGUCAAAGAAUUACAACACCUCAUGUUGCAUUUUCUAACUAGUGUGCCUGCAGCUGUUGCUAAACUAAAACUCCCAGCAUGCGCCAAAGGCUGUCCUGGCAUGCUGGGCGUUGUAGUUUGGCAACAGCUGGAGGCACACUGGUUUUGAAACACUGACCUUAUGUAACCAACACCAUAGAUGCAAAAAGGAUGCAGUCAUGAAAUGUCCCUAUAAGCAUCUAAUACAGACAGUACAAGUGGGCACAACCCUGGAAAUGGUGUACAGAUGAACCCCUGAUGAAAUACAACCAAUCGACCCUCUACUAUGAGGUCAGUGUUUCCCAACCAGGGUGAUUCCAGGUGUUGCAAAAACUACAGCUCCCAGCAUGGCUGGACAGCCAAAGGCUGUCCAGGCAUGCUGGGUGUUGUAGUUUUACAACAUCUGGAGGCACCCUAGUUGGGAAACACUAUAUUAGGGGAUUAACCUGUCAGUGAUUCUGUGCCACCUGGGCAAUAAAUCUGGCAUUAUCUGUAGACUGUCUGUAAUAGACCAAAAAGUUUAGACCGCCCAAUAGUAGGCUAACUUCAAAUCAGAAUCAUGUGACCAAAUUUUGCCAGGAUUUUGGCACAUCUGCAACAUUAAAUCUGGACCAUUGUUUAUUUAAAAACAAAAACAUUUUCUGUUAGAAAUGUAAUUUUAAAGUCUAUAUUGAAGUAUAAAUAACACUACAUAGAAAGCCUUUUGUUUUGGGGUAUUUUUAUUUUUUUUACAUUUUUAUUUUUUAGUGCUGCAUGCUUUUUUUUCUGGUGCUUUUUUUUUCUCUCCAUAGACUCCCCCCCCCCCCCCCUUCCUGCUUUUGGAGGUACAUUUACCUACUGCAUAUCAGCAUGUCAGAUGGCAUCACAAAAUAAAGAGGGGAAAAAAAGGAUUUUGUUUAAAAAAAUAAAAAAAAAAUAAAAAAGGGGGGAGGGGGACACACACAUAAAGAGCUAUAUGAAUUGGGUAUCGCCAUAAUUAUAUCAACCAACAAAUUAAAGAUAACAUAAUUUUGACUGUACAGUGAAUGCCAUAAAAUAAUAAUAAUAAUAAAAAAAAAUCUCCAUUCCAGACAUAUUUCAACACAUGUCAGAUUUAAAAAAAAUAGGGCUUGGUCAUUAAGGUUAAAACAGGCGGCAUCAUUUAGGGGGUUAGUCUAUUGGAAUUGAUGAACGGCAGGAAAGAACAACCGAAAACACAUUUAGGGGAUUCCACAGGAUAGGGGAGAUAUGUGUCCGACGGCUGAGAUCCCCCACGAUCUCCUGCUCUGGCCCCGGCUCUCUAAGGAUAGGUUUACACUACGGAAUUUCCACCUGUAAUUCCGCUUUGAAAUUUCAGGCAGAAAUUCCACUUGCUAAAUACGGAAUACAGAAUUUGUGAACGGAAAAUCCGUUUUGAAAUUUACGCCUGAAGAAUGGCGUUGCUCAUUGGAGACUGCAGUGUCCGCAUGGUCCUAGCGCCGAAUCAGUCGGCGCUGGCCACACUCUGAAUCUCCGCAGUGUGAACCUAGCCUAACAGUGCUGUACUCAGGUCUCUUCGACACUCCCAUAGAAAUGAUUGGAGCAUGUGCCGACCCCAGCACGCGCUCUUUCCAGAGAGCCCGGGACCCAGGAGAUCGAGGGGCCCCAGGCUCUCUGGAAGGACUGAUCCUAAAACCAAAGCAUAGUAAGGUAAAGCCUGAACUGUAUACCUUUUACAUGUAGGUUUUAUUUUUAUUUAUUUUUUAUUGCCUCUAUUACAUUCUAUAUAAAGCGAUGGCUUGUCCAUAUAUUAAUGUAUUAAGCAUUCCUUAUAAAAUCUUUAUAAACCAUAUGUCAUGUGAGCAAUAUUGGUAAAAGUUUAGGAUGUUGAGAUCAGAGUUUUGUUCACUCCCCUGUACUGGAUUGAUAAAACUGCAAGUUAAACGUAAAAAAGAACCACAGCUGCAAUUUUUACUUGGGAUCGACCGAUAUCUGUUUUUUAGGGCCGAUAUACGGAUAAUCGGUGGAGGUUAGGGCGGAUAGCCGAUAACUUAUACCGAUAUUCCGGUAUAAGUUAUCGGCUAUUUAUCCCCCCGCGACACCGCUGCAGAUCAUUGAUUUAAAGCGGGCGCUUUAAAUCAGUGCCCUGCAGUGGCUUUUGCUGUGCCAUAGGCCGCCGCCGCCACCAUCCGCUUCUCUCCCCCCUACCUGUCAGGGUGGUCUGGGCCAUCCUUCCUUCCUGUAGUGUCCGGCAGCAUUCCGGGUGGAGGGU